UCUCUCUCCAUUACUCACACUGCGUCUGUAAUGUUUUUGAAUUAGAUAUAUUCUGUAGUGUUUCACUGCUCUUCUAACACAACAAUGGACGCGGACAUUACGGAGAUAAUAGAGGAUUUCAUGGAAAGUGCGUUGGCGCAAUGGGUUCAGAUGUUUGAGAAGAUGGUUGAGAGGGAGGAUGGCAUCUCACUCUACAGCCUGGAAGUGAACUCAAUUUCCCAGAGUACCCGAGAUCGCUACCUCAGGCUGACCAAUGGGAUUUUCCUCAAUGAGGUCAUGAGGGUCAUAGACCCAAACCCCAAAAUGGAGCGGCUUUACAACAGUGGGAGAGAUGACCACAUGCUGAGAGUGCAGAACUUUUCUAUUUUAAAUCGACACCUCAGAGCCUUCUACCAGGAAGACCUGCAACAGUUGAUACUGAUGCCCCUCCCGAAUGUCGCCAUGCUGGGGCAGGACCCCCUUACAGAGGCGGCGGUGGAGGAACUCAGGCGACUGCUCCUCCUCUUAUUGGGUUGUUCUGUGCAGUGUGAGAAGAAGGAGACGUUCAUUCAGCAGAUUCAGUCUCUGGACAUUGAGACCCAGGCGGCCAUUGCCAGCUGUAUUCAGCAGGUGACUCAGGAUCCUCGCAUGGUGCUGCCGCUGCAGUGGGAGGAGCUGGUGGAGGUGGAAGGUGCAGACUUACAGCCGGUGUUCAGCUCCAUGGCCAAACAGAUUCAAGGCCUGAUGGCACAGAGAGACAGUCACCUGGAGAGGAUAGCAGAGCUUUGUCGGGAGCGGGAGGCCCAGGCUGACUCAACCACGGUGCCCCUGGGCGUUCAAAGCGACGAGCCACCCCAAGGUCUGGCACUCCAGCUGGCAGAUAGCAAGGCCAAACUCCGCCGCCUUAAACAACAACUGGAAGAUAAAGGGGAUCAGAUAUUGGAUAACAAGCAGGAGAUCCAAACCAUGGAGGAGCAGCUGAAGAAGCUUCAGAAAGAGAGCCGCACUCUGCAGGGUGAGGUGAGGGGCAUGCGUGCACUGCGGGAUGAGCUGGACUGCGCCCGAGAGCGAGCUACACGGGCCGAGCAUCUCCAGACUGAGCUUCAAAGUUGUAAACACAGAUUACGCAGCCUGGAGCUCACACGGACUCAGCUGAAGGAGCAGCAGCAGCUGUGCGCGGCGCUGCAGGAGACCAAAGCUCUCCUGGAAGAACAGCUGACCGGGGCACGGGCACGUUGCUCUUCGUUAAGGGAACUGGAGAGGGACAAUCUUCUGUUGCGAAAUAAAGUCAUGGAUGUGGAAGCGGAGCGGGAGACUGAGAGGCAGCGAGUUGACGAGCUGCUGGAGAUGAACAUGAGCCUUGAGGCGGACCUGAGGCACAGCAGCAGCGACGGAGGGGGCAGCGUUCCGUCUCUGGUCGCUGCGGUUCGCCAACAUUUCCACCAAUCAGAACUGGACUCUGACGAGGAGCUGAGCGAACUGAUUGAUCAGAAGCCGCUGAGCGUGGAGGUGGGUGAGGCUUCAACGCUGAGGCUGCUGGGAGCAGAGCAGGAGAACGCAGAGCUGAGGAGACGACUGGAGGAGCUACAGGCCCAGCAGGAGGCGGAUUCUCCAGAAACAAAGGAUGAGCUGGCUGGUCUGGAGAUGGAGCAUCAGAGUACACUCACUGAGUUUCAAAACUUGAAGAAUGAAAAUGCCACAUUGAAGCAGCACCUAGAACAGCUUGUGACCAAACUCCAACACCAAGAAGACCAGACGAGGGGAAAAGGAACGAAGAAGCCUUGCAGAGAGGAGGAGGAGAGGAGGGAGAGGGGAGUCCAGGGCUCUGAAUCCUGCCGUGGGGAGGGAGAAGGAGGGGUGAAGAUGAUGGAGGGGAGGGAGAGAAGAGGAGAAAUCAUUGGGACCCAGCGGGAAGCAGGCGUGGGCGAGGAGGUUCUCCGCAUUAUAGGGGGAAAAGGUGAACCAUGUGAUGAGGAGAUUGAGCUCAAAAGGAGGGGAGAGGCAGAGGGGGGGCAGAAAGAAAGGGAGAGACAGGAGAGAGAAAGUGGACUAAAGGAAGAGCAGCCUGCGUCAACAACAACCUCCGAGGUCCAGAAACAUCCACAAAGCAUAAAAGAUAACGCCGAGAGCACAGCUGCAGAGCAGACUGAGUGCUGCCUGCCUGCUCCUGAUGUGGAGCUUCUGACAACCCGACUCAUGGAGGCCCAGGAGGAGGCUGACAGACAGGCUAAUGCUGCCCAAGUUCUGUACUCCAAGCUGGGAGAGCAGAGCAAGAAAACUGGGGAGGCUGAGCAGAGGCUGGUGGUCUUGGAGGCUGAGCUGCAGCGUCUGAAGAAAGCCGCUGGAAAUCUGGGAGAAGCUCGCAGGCAGAUAGAGGUGCUACAGUUGGACGGUCUGACCAUGGAGGAGGAGCUGUGUCGCCUGCGGAGCCAGGCCGAGCUUCACAGGAUGCAGACCACGGUCAUCGCCACCCUGGAGGGCGAGCGAGCCGCACUGGAGAGAGACAAGGAGGCGCUCCGCAGCACGGUCGACACCCUGCGUACCGCCCAGCGCAAGAGGGACCAGUUGGAGCUCACCACUCAGACUCUCAAAGCAGAGCUGGAUCGCCAGGGACGCAGUCUGGAGACUUCUCGCCGUCGGGAGGAGGAGCUGGAGGCUGAGCUGCGGGAGGCCACCCUGGAGGCCGAGUCACUGGCCAGGGCGCGAGACCAGGCGCUGCUGGAGGCCUCACGGCUGGAGCAGGAGAAGGAGGUGUGUCAGUUGGAGCUGGAUGACCAGCGAAAGAAGGGGAGGCAGAGAGAGAGGGAGGCAGCAAGACUGAGGCAGCAGCUGGAGAGCACAACCCUGGCCCUGGAGAACAGCAACCAGAGAGCGAGGGAUCUGGAUGUAGAGCACAGACGUGUGUUACAGCAGCUGUCUGAGUCUACGGAGCUCUGCACUCGGCUGCAGGACCUGGAGAAAGACCUGAGCACUCGAUUAACCAGCACAGAGGAGGGUAAACAGCAGCUGCAGGAGCAGUACACAGACGCUCAGGCCAAGAUUAGCUCACUGUCCCAGGACCUUUCCAAUGAGCACACACGUUUUCAGGAACUAUCCACUGAAGUCGAACGUCUGAGUCAGAAACUACAAAAAACCGAAGCUGAACAGAAGACGGUUACAGAUUCCCUCAGCCAAUCAGAGGCGAGAAGAGACUCGCUCUCCCGGUGCCUUAAGGAGAGCGAGUCUCUUCUCCAGUUGGAAAAGCGAAGAAGAAGUAUAGAAACGGACAUUACGUCUGGUUCAAAUGCAGACUCGUCAAACAAGACGCACCUUAGUCCGACACCCACCCAGGACACGUCACCUCUGGAUCAAUCCCCUGGAGCCGGCAAAGGUCAUGACCUUUCUGUUACUCAUGAUGCUGCCACAGGAGAGACAGAGCGGCAGCUGAGUGAGCGGUUGACAGAGCUGGAAAAAGAGAAAGCAGUGGCACUCGCAGGACAGGAGGCCUUGGUGUCGCGUCUGUCCCAGUCCCAGGACACGUGUGAGCACCUGAAGGAGCAGCUGGAGGCUCUGCACCGGCGCUCGCUCAGCCUGCAGGAGUCCUGCACCCAACUGCAGACACUCAACACCCAGCUGCAGAUGGACCAAGCAUCACUGAGCUCCCAGCAUUCAGCUUUGCUUGCGUGCUGCAACGAGGGCGAGGCCCGGAGUGCGACCCUGGAGGCCGAGUCCAAGGUUUGGGCGCGUGAGCGGGAGGAGACGGUGGCGAGGAUGGAGGCUGUGAGGCGGGACCACGAGCGGAUGACGGCGCUGCAGCAGCGGCAGGAGGUGGAGCUGGAGGAGCUGCUGGACAAGCACUCUCAGCUGAGGAGCAAUAACCGCAGCCUGGAGGCCCAGCACAGGGAGCUGGAGGCCAGGUACAAGGAGUUCCUGGACGGUAAAACCCAGAUGGAGGAGAGAGAGCGGGAGAUGAAGCUGGAGCGGGAGGAGAUGGGGGCAGAGGCCCAGAGGAGACUGGAGGGAAACCGAGAGCUGGAGAGGCUGAGAGAAGACAACGUGAGGCAUCAGGCCCACCAGAAGGAGUGGUUGGCAUUGCAGGUGGAGCUGUUGGCUCAGGGCUCGGUGCUGAGGGGGGAGCUGAGCACAUCCCAGCUGGAGCGGACUCGACUGGAGGGUGAGCUCAGUGCCGUCAGGGAAACCAAUCAGAGCCUGGACCUCAGCAACGCACGCCUCACCAGCCAGUACCAGCUGUUGACCCAGCUGAAGGGGAACAUGGAGGAGGAGAACCGACAGUUAGCAGAGCAGAACCAGGGUCUGCUGAAAGAGAACCGGGCCUUAAUGGAGCAGAGCAUGGAGCGCCGUGACCAGCACUAUUCCCAGCAGACGGAUUUCCAGGAGAAGUUGGGCGAGCUCCGUCGGGAGAAGCAGAAGUUGGUGGAGAAGAUUAUGGAUCAGUACAGAGUCCUUGAGCCCAGCAUGCAAGCUCCAACCAUCAAGGCCAAGAAAUCUAACUGGAUUGCAGACAGGAUGAAGAAGCUAAUCAAACCGCGUGGAGGAGGAAGAGAGGGACGUACCCUCUUCACCGCCGCGGGCAGUGUGGAGAACCUGGCCGACAGCACUGAAUUUUCAACAGACACACACACACCUCCGUCUGAUCCCCGCAGUGCUCCGGUCUCUCCCUCUCCCUUGAGAAAAACCACAUCCGAGACAGAACCAGACAUUUCACUCCCCGGGACUCCACCCUCACGCUCCGGCUCCGGGGGCCGUCGUAAACUGGGAUCUCGUCAUGGCUGGGGGCUGGGCUUGGUCAGAGGAGGCUCUGGAGUCUCCCAAUCGUUCAGUCCUGGUGACAACAAGACACAUCCCCGUCAGCAGCUGCGCUCCAACCCGGACACGUCCACCGUCCUCUGGGAAAAAGAGAAGGGCCAAACAAGCGCACCUCAGACAGCAGAUGCACGGCCGACCAAUCAGGAAAGUGUCGAGGAGAACGAAGGGAAAGACAAUCAACAGUCCGGUGACAACACGCCGACGGCCUGAGACAGACCCACAGUCUCCACUAGAAACACUGUUUUGUGCUGUGCUUCCAGAAAACUGUUUUGAUACAGCUCUUUGUAUGUCUGAUUAUUUUAAGUACAAGAUCCUUGUAGUAUUUUUUAAUAU